AUUUAGUAGGACGGCAGGCUUAUUCCCUUGGAAAUCGUUGCACAGGAUAAAAACAUUAUAUUUUAUUUCGAAGGACCGGAAGUAGCAAGUGCCAGAGUGCGUUAGCAACUUGUUGGAGAGGAACUUCCGUGAGCGAGUUGUCCCGCCUGUUUAUCAGCAUGUCCGAUUUUGACCUGGUGCCAGUGGACGGUGGAGCCGCUGUUCACCUGCCGUCAGGGGAGACGGUGCUGGGCCGAGGCCCCCUGUUGGGAGUCAGUGAUAAAAGAGUAUCACGAACACAUGCACUGGUGGAGAAUCUGAAUGGACGUCUGCGACUCAAAUCGACCCACGUGAACCCGUGCUUCGUCCAGUCGUCCAUCACUGAUGAACCUCGACCUCUCACCAGGAACUCCUGGUGCCCCCUUCAGGAUGGAGACUUGUUCUCCCUACUGCCCGGACACCUAAUCUACAAGGUGGUGUCUGUGGGCGGAGUCACUGGCACUCGCAGAACGGGUCGGACUUAUGAAGAAGACAAAGAGGAGGAAAAGGAGGAAGAAUUUCCCAGAUCUAAGACUGUAUUAGAUGUGGACUUAAUUCAUCCAAUACCAAAGAAGAAUGGACAGACUCAGCCUCAGGUGGAGGAAGAAGAAGAAGAAGAAGAAGAGGAGGAGGAGGAAGUUCCUCAACGGCCCUUAAAGAAGAAGGAAGAAGCUGCCCUCAAAGAGAAAGUUGAUGACGCUGUAGUCACUGUUCCUAACGUAAUGAGGAGGAGAGUCCUACCUGCAUGGAUGAUGGCGAUCGCACCGACACAGACCUCGGCUUUACCACACAAAGUUGAGCCAGUCAAGAAACGAAAAGUCUCAGAAAAGAGUCCAAUCCCUGCCACCGUCUCGCCGGAGAAGGUGGAGUUUAGUGAGGAGGAGGUGGAAGAGGAGGAACGGCCAAGGAAAAAGAGAAGGAAUGAUGAGAAAGUAGUGUUGACACCUCCCCCCGCUCCAGUUGUUGCUGCUGCAACAGUGACACAAGUGGGCGAAGUCAGUGAGUCUGAUGAUGAUGAGGAGGAGGAGAACAGGAAGUGGGUAGGUGAAGGACAGGUGAAUGAAGAAGAAGACUCUGUUGGGUUGAGCGCCGCCUCUACUCCAAAAAAACCAAAACCGAGGACACCGUGUCCGUAUGGGAAGGACUGCUACAGGAAGAACCCGGUCCAUUUUCAGGAGUGCAGUCACCCCGGGGACACUGACCAUGAGGAGGAGGACGAGGAGGAGGAGGAGGAGGCAGAGCUUCCUGAAUGUCCGUACGGCACCGACUGCUACAGGAAAAAUCCUCUUCACAGGAAAGAAUACAAACACUCAAAGAGACCGGCUCGUGCUGCACGAAACGCCGCCCAGAAGAAGCUCAGCCGGGACGAGGACGAAGAUGAGUACGACGACAGUUUCAUCGAUGACGACAGCGAGGACCUGACUGGAGAGGACUCGGAUUAUGUCCCUGUGGACUCAGAUGACAGCGGCAAAGAAGACAUUAAAAGACUGCAGAAGGAGGCCAAGGUUUUUUUGAAGAGGAAAAAGUAGAAACUCCAUGUUUUUUUGUAGUUUGAUCUGAAAAGCAGCUGAUGAACAUAAACAUUUGGAUAUAAGAAAAUCUGUUGGAUUCGUCACUACACCUCUCCCAAAUAUUAGGUGAGAAUAUUUUUUUAAAAGACUUUUUUAUAAAGUAAUUUUAAAAAAGCAUGGUCUAAUUACUAAUGACAGGAAACUGGUAAUCUUCCUUUAGUUUGUAAAGAAACACCAGCUUCUCAUUGUCCUCUAUGAUCCUCUGUCCACACACUUGUUUUUGAAGAACUUUUCAUUGCUUCUGUGCAGCUUCACAUCUGUAUGUAUGUUUGAGUUUGUCCUUGUUUUGUUCUUUGUGAGGAAAGAAAUGACCAUUUAGAAAAUGAACAUAUAUUUUUAUUAUUACAAAUGAUACAUUUCUUUAAAUGAUAAACCUGUCGUGCCUACAGUCGACGUCAUUUCAACAAUCGAGCAGAAAUAGGAAACCUAAAUAUUAACUCAAUAAUCAUGACUUUUCACUUCACUAGUUCACAUGUUUUUGAAGUUGUUGCUAACUAAUUCUAGGUACUAGUCAAUAAUAAAGCGUUGUGAUCUGUUUGACUGCUGCGUCUGCA